GCAAGACUUUGACGAUUUGAAAGAAAAAUUAAACAGAACUUUAUCAAAUAGCACUAAACGUCAUCUUUACACCAUAAAGGGCGGAUAAAUGACGCCAAAUAUUUCCUGCACGGUUAUUUGAGUCACCCGCCUGUUAUUGUGAAAUGAUAAACUUUCUAACGCACACAGUUAAUUGUUAAAUCGCGCGCGCGCAUUCGUAAAGGCGAAACAUUAGACACGCAUCGAAUCGUGACCCUGCACUUCAGAGGUUUGGCCGAUCACAGCGACGUAAACUCGCUAAAAGCUGCUUCGAUCGUCAGUUGAGUCAAAUGGAACCCUUCUGUGCCACCAACUAUUAAGUUCUAACAGUGAAGAAAUUAUAAGUUCACAGUACGUUGGUAGAAGUGUCUUACAGCUUAAAAUGAAUGACAGCGAGGCAGUCUCAGCUGAACCCAAUGGAAGUGCUACCACUUUGUUGCCACGUGAUGUUCUGGGAGAAUCACAAGCCUUUAAUAUUACAAAGAUAUUCUUCUAUUUCAUUAUCCUGUCCGCGAGCACUUUUGGUAACAGCAUGCUCGCUCAUAUCAUCAUUCACACGAGAAAGAUGCAAACCGCAAGCAACUUCCUGAUCUUAAACUUGGCCCUCUGUGAUGUAGUAACGCCUUUGAUAAGCAUCGUGUUUGAUUUUAUCCUGGAAGAAAAUAAUUACGAGUGGAUCUAUGGUGAGGCCAUGUGUACAAUACUUUGGCCUACACAAACUUACUUUACUUGCGCGUCUUCGUUAACCCUUGCUGCAAUUUCGCUGGAUCGCUACAGAAUAAUUCUUCAUCCUUUCAAGAUCAGGCUCUCGAGCAAACAGAUAAGUUUGCUAAUUUUUCUGGUACAUAUAUGCUCGCUGGUCGCGGUCAUCCCUUACGGUUAUUUCCUCGUGCUGAGAGAUGGUUCUUGUGGGGAAAACUGGCCCAAAUUUUCCUACAGACAGGCUUACACACUAUUUUUGUUCCUAAUUCAGUACGCAUUGCCGCUUGUAAUAAUGAUAUUUAUGUAUACAAUGGCUGUCCGAGCGCUUUGUCAAACUUCGAAGAGAACACGCGACAAGUCAAUACGUGCAAGAACUCCGCAAUUUAUUGUCAAGAAACUUAAAUUUGAGGCCAAACAGCAAGAAAUACAACGUGGACUAUCCAAAACCCAUUACACAUUUAUCAGACGACUUAGCAAGCUCAAGACACGGGACAUUUGGAAGACUCCUAAUGCCAGAGCCACAAAAAUGUUCAUAGUCAUUGUGACUGUCUUUGCAAUAUUUAUGUUCCCUAAUCAAAUUGUGUGGAUGUGGGCAGAUUUCGGCGGAGGGAUAAAUCAUCCAAACUUCAGCAAACUUUCCAUCAUAUGCUGGUUGUUUACAUACACCAACAGCGUCGUAAAUCCGGUCAUUUUUGGUCUGUUUAGCAAAGACUUUCGCAAAGGUUUUAGGAGGAUUUUUCGGAGCCUGCUGCGCUGCGAGAGAUUAAUCGGCAAAGAGGAUCUUGUAAGAUCACGACGUCAAAGUACUAGCAAAACUCGUUCAGAAACUACGGAAUCACAUGGAAUGGAUUACGGAUCGUGUACAAAGGAAAGCAACUUGUCCUGUCUUAUUCAAGAUGAACAAAAGACACCCAUGUUGGAAAGAAAAACUUAUCACCAGUUUAAUGAAAUGUCCCCACCUUCACCUCAACCAAAUUUCGCUUCGAACAGAACCGCGAUAGAAUCUUUCGGCAAGCAAACGUUAUCGAGCCCGCCAAGGGCUUUUGAACUUGGAGAUGCGGCAGCUUGUCACUUUAAUGGCCCUCUAAGAGAAAAUUCUGUUGAACAAUGGCAUACUUUGUCUACUUCAGACUCUCACAUUUUGACCGAUGCGCUGAACAGUUCGCCGGAAACUAACUGUUAGCGGCCCACCGCAAGAUUGAUGAACACUAGAAGGGGUCAGACUUGUUCAUCACGAGGUUAUAUGUGAAUUCCGAUGAGAUUUCCUAUCGGCAUUGUAGAAUCGCCAUUGGACGUAUAAUUCACGCUGUGUUGAUUUCAAAAGAGUUCUUAAUGGAGCAAUGCAGUUUUAUGCUCAAAGUUUUCUGAUAACGAAGUAGCUUUGCACAUCAGAUUAUAAUCCAACACUCUAUUCGACCGUCGCCUUAUUGCUGUUCUGAAUCGUCAAGUGUUGCCCAACUGCAAUAUCAGAGAGGAAAAAAGGCUCUCUACUUUACUCUUAUAACUCAUCUGUAGCUCAUAAAGAAAUCACGCAAAGCAAAAGUACGAAAUCUAGGAGUACUCCCGCGAAGAAGCUUGAAAACGGUGGCUAUCAUUAUAUUGCCAAGGCAAGCAUUCUUUGGUAGGAACGUUUCUUGAGUAACACCAAAUGGCGUCAUUUCUUCAAAUUUUUUAUAAUAAUCUUCGUGUUCUUGGUUUUAAUCCAAAAAUUUUGGUUUAUUUUCCCUUUUAGGAUUUCCACCCUCCCACGUUUUUCUUUAAUACAGCUUUUCAUUAUUAUCUCAUUUGACGAGAGUUAACUUACAAAUUCCGGAAAAGUGGUAGGAAGUUGGCUUGUCUUUGUAACCAUAAAUACACUUUCUAUAAUUUAUUUUCAGUCUUGAGAAGCAGUCUUGCUCUCCAAAACAGCAAAUCUAAGAAAUUUCGAAUCAAAACGCAACGCAAGGCUUUUAAAGAGCAAAUCCUUGUAUGCCUCAGGCAAUGCAACGCGACCCGCCGUACAGCAAAAUUUCUUAAUCAACGACUUCUUUGUUGCACAAAUGCAUAUCAUUCCCAAAAUAUAUCAUAUGUUUGUCGACGUCUUUGUUAGUCAAGUGUCUCGAUGAGAAAGCGUUAGUCAUGGUCCAGCAUCAUCAUCAGGCAAUACCGUCAGUAUGAAAUGAUUGGAAAUAUCCAAUAAAAAGGAGGCGUGGGAAGAUUAGAUCUUAAGAUUCAAUAAAAUUGUGAAAGAUGCGCUUGGAAAAAAUU